UUUUUUCACCCUUUGCCCUAUCUACCCUCAAAAACACUUCGCUCUUCUUAAUGUCUACUGCUAAUCUGCCGUACUAGUAUGUCAUUGUGAGAAGAAAAGAGGACGACGGCCUCCAAAAACGCAUUCCCAUUCAACAAGAGUGUGUUCUAAUCUCUUGAAAACCUAAUUUUAUCAACCCAAGCGGUCGAUCCACUCGCCGGAACCCUAAACUCGACAUAAAGUGCCGGAGUUUAUUGACGGUGACAAAGACGAUGACGACCAUCGCAAAGUGAAGAAGGUCAAGCUCGUCGUUCGUUUGCCCUCUUUCAAUCAAAUUCAUCAGCCAAUUCUCACCCACUCAAUUCAGUUUAUUAUGGUUCUAAUUCAAUGCUUUCGCUAGCGGAUCUGGUGAAAUAUCAGGAGAAGAGUAGUUGCCAGCUGUAGGAAGGCUUUCGUUUGUGCUUCCAGUGAUAGGGUAGAGGUGGUUGAUUUUCUGUUUGCAUUUUUGAGUUUGCAAAUAACAGCAAUCCUAAAUAUUUAGUUCAUUGGCUUGGGUGUCAUAAUUUUAACCACAUGGACACCGAAAAACAAGCAGAGACAACCUUAAAUGAGGUGGGAAGCUCAGAGUGGUCUGACACAAACAACUCAAAUGUUGUAGCGCGGGUCAGGAAGUUGCUGUUUCACCGGAUGCUGGUGGGGGUAAAUGAUGGUCGGUUCUUCUUAGGCAUGUUCUACUGCAUGGAUAAGCAAGGGAACAUCAUUCUCCAAGAUGCAGUAGAGUACCGUAGCAUGCGACGCUCCUCUCCUUCUCCAAUGGAACAGCGGGGCCUUGGUCUCAUUCUCAUCCCUCGCUCUUGCCGGACAUCUUGUCACGUGGAUUGCUCCAUUGAAGAGCAAUUGUCACUGCUGUCACUUCAGGACUACCAGCAGUAUCAGUUCCCAAGUGAAUCAAUUAAGACACCUCCCUGAUUCACUAUUAUACAGUUAUUGUUCUCAAAUUAUAUACGUACUUGUUAGUGUUAUUGCUUCAGGAAGAGUAAAAACAGUGUAGCUACCAUCAACAUUGUGCUUGAAAUCUUUUGAGCAUAAUGAAACUACUUUUUUGAGAAAGAAAACAGAAUAGUGACAAUGGAAUUGUUUAUCUUGUGGUUGUUUAUCCUGUUUAGUACGUUGAAAUGAUAUGUCUACAUUAUGGUCGGACGAUGAGAACUCUUAUCCAUCUAUAUUUUUGUUUGUUACUGAAAAGAUUGGAUCCUA